AUGUUUGUUUAUCUGAGCAAAAAGAUAGCCAUUCCAAACAAUGUUAAGCUUAAUUGCAUUGCGUGGAACAAGGAGGAGGGCUACAUUGCAGUGGCCGGCACGGAUGGAUUGCUCAAAGUCCUGAAGCUGGAUCAAGCCGCAGGCAAUGGGCAGAACAAAGGAGCACUAGCAGCCGUAUCCAAUCUAUCGAUGAACCAGACUCUAGAUGGGCACAAAGAGUCGGUAAGGGUGGUUACCUGGAACGACGCUCAGCAGAAGCUGACCUCCUCCGACACGGAUGGCGUGAUCAUGGUCUGGAUGCUCUACAAGGGCUCCUGGUACGAGGAAAUGACGAACGACCGCAAGAAAUCGACGGUGGCCAGCAUGAGCUGGACCUCGGAUGGCUCCAGAAUCUGCAUUGUGUACGAGGAUGGGGCAAUUAUCGUGGGCUCAGUAGAUGGCAACCGCAUCUUUGGAAAGGAGCUCAAGGGCACUCAUCUGACGGGGGUGCAGUGGAGCCCGGACAACCGCCUCAUCCUGUUUGCAUUGGCCAAUGGCGAGUGCCACUUGUAUGACAAUCAGGGAAACUUUGCGAUGAAGCUGAAUAUUCAGUGUGUAAACCUGAGUACCUCGCGAGGUCAUCGUAUUGCUAGUAUUUGUUGGUUUAGUGGAAGAGUACCCCAGAGCCGAAAACGUCCUGUAUUGGCUAUUUGCUACGAGAACGGCCGGGUACAGAUUAUGCGGAAUGAGAACGAUGAUGCACCGGCCAUUUUUGACACUGGAAUGCGGAAUGUGGACGCCAAAUGGAACCACGACGGCACAGUGCUGGCCAUUUGCGGUACCCUCCUAGAUGCCGUGACUCCUCCUUCACAGCGGGAGUCAAACCAGGUGUGUUUCUACUCGCAGUUGGGUAGUCUCUUCCGCACCUUGAAAGUUCCAGGCACCGACAUCACCUCCCUAAGCUGGGAGGGAAAAUCCUUGCGCAUCGCCAUGGCGGUGGACUCCUUCAUCUACUUUGCCAAUAUUCGGCCGGACUAUAUAUGGUGUUACUUUGAGAAAACAGUUGUUUUUUUAAACAGCGGCAGUAGCGGAGUUAGGGACUCACCGAUGAGUGUCAUCACGUUCUGGAACACGGUCUCAAAUCAAAGCUUUCUCAAGGAAGUUGAGCCCACUCUGUGCCUGGCGGCCAGUACCGAGCACUGCGUUCUUGGGGUGGAGUGCGUUAGCAGCAAUAUCAAGGAGAUCGCCUUGAACACCCUGGAGAAUCGGAGCAAUCCUCCGAAUGACAGGGUCUACCAGCUGCUGCUUUGCAACUCCAUUGGUACUACUGUAGAUUCCAAGUACACUGAUAUACGACCCAACUUUGUCGGGAUUAACUCUAGCUAUGUGGCCAUAGCCUCCCAGGAAGAGAUUCUCAUAUGGCACUAUCACACACCGAAGAGUGCCUCCACCCUCCAUAAUGUGAAGGCUCGCAAGGAGAAGCGGUUUCACAUAGAUGACACUCCCACGGGCGUGGAAAUGGCAAAGGAUCUUAUGUUGAGCAGCAGCAGUGGGGACGGACACUCUACACAACGUGGAGUAAGUGAUCCCAUCUGUGCCCUGGCUCUUUCCGAGAAGCUGCUUCUGGUGGCCAGGGAAUCCGGGGCCAUCAACGAGUACAGCAUCGCCAAUGUGGCGCUGAGGAAUCGCCACCUCAUUAACUCCAAGGUCUACAAAAUGGCUAUUAACUGCAAUUCCACUCGUGCCGCCAUUAUCGACCACCUGGGGGUGAUGACCCUGCUUGACCUGGAUGACAACCGAGAGACCCAACUCAACUUUAGUCGGGUGGAGCGCAAGGAUGUGUGGGCGGUGAGCUGGGCCAAGGACAAUCCACUGCUGUUGGCCCUGAUGGAGAAGACGCGCAUGUACAUCUUUCGGGGCAAUGAUCCCGAAGAGCCUGUCUCCUGCUCCGGCUACAUCUGCACCUUUGAGGACCUGGAAAUAACCAGCGUGCUACUAGACGACAUCAUCAGUGUGGGCGAACUGCAAAAUUCAUCACAUCUUAUCCAGCUCAGGGUUAAGUCACUGCGCGACACCGACAAUCUCCUGGAGCACGUCGGCCUGGAAGACGCUAAGCAGUUCAUAGAGGACAAUCCGCAUCCGCGUCUGUGGCGCCUGCUGGCAGAAUCGGCCCUCAAGAAACUGGAGCUGGAGACGGCGGAGAACGCCUUUGUUAGAUGUGCCCACUACCCGGGAAUCAAACUGGUCAAGCGGCUGCGCACCAUCCACUCCCAAGAGCUGCAGCGAGCUGAGAUCUCGGCUUUUUACGGGGAGUUCGAAGAGGCAGAGAAGCUCUAUCUGGAUGCAGAUCGCCGGGACUUGGCCAUCGAGCUACGCAUGACACUGUGCGAUUGGUUUCGGGUAGUGCAACUAUACCGCAUGGGCGGCUCCGGUGUCUCAGAUCAGCAGAUGGAGACGGCCUGGCGUGAGAUAGGUCAUCACUUUGCCAAUCUCCGGGCCUGGGAGAGCGCCAGGGAAUACUACGAGAAGUCCCACUAUAUGGACGGUUUCAUGGAGUCCCUUUACCACUUAGAGCAGUUCGACGAGCUGGAGAAAUGCGUGGAGCGUCUCCCGGAAAAGAGUCCCCUUCUCCCCAAAUUGGCCGAGAUGCUGGCUUCUGUAGGUAUGUGCUCCGAAGCGGUGCAGGCACACCUCCGCUUCGGGGACCAAAAAGCCGCGGUGGCCACUUGUGUAAACCUUCGCCAAUGGGGCGAGGCCGUGGAGCUUGCCCGACGGUUCCAGCUACCCCAAGUCCAAACCCUGAUUGCUAAGCACGCCGCUCAGCUGCUCCAAGAAGGCCGACUCAAGGAGGCCAUUGAGAUGCAACGCAAUGCUGGCCGCCACUUGGAUGCGGCACGUCUUUUGGCCCAAAUGGCGGAACGGGAGCAGGAGAAGCGUGCUCCCUUGCUAAGGAUCAAGAAACUGUACGUCUUGGCUGCCCUGUUGGCGGAGGAGCACCUGAAGGCUGUGGCCACCCCGGAGAUUGACUACGCCAGCGGGCGAAACACGUUGUUAGACUCCAUUUCUUUGGAGGAUGCGGCUGCCAUCGAGCGUUUGUGGCAUUGCUGUGAAGCCUAUCACUUCAUGCUGCUGGCCCAGCGACAACUACGCUUUGGAAUCAUUCACAGUGCUGUGAUCACGGCGGUGCGGCUGAGGGACUACGAAGACGUCCUGCCUCCAGAGCACGUUUACAGCCUUCUGGCCCUGGCUAGCUGUGCGGAUCGGGCCUUUGGCACCUGCUCCCAGGCCUUCAUGAAGCUGGAGCAACUGCCCCAUCUGCCGGAGGAACUGGUUCAGCGAUAUGAAGAGUUGGCCGCCGGCAUUUUUGCAAAAUACGAGCCGGAAGACUCUGUAGGCGAGAAGGUGGAAUGCUAUUCAUGCGCAGCCUCUGUUCCGGAUAGCUCUUCAUCUUGUCCGGAGUGUGGGGCUCGGUUCCCAGCCUGCAUCUCCUCUGGAAAACCAAUUACCCAGCCUACGAAUAAUAUAUGGAUCUGCACAACCUGUCACCACUGUGCCGCUCCCUCUGAGAUCUCCAGGCAUCGCACCUGCCCAUUGUGCCACAGCCUCAUUGUUUCCAUGACGGUGGAGAUAUGAGAUGUGGAUUU